AUGUCAUCAGAAGCUAUCAGUUAUAAUAACAUUUUAAACGGUCAGAACGGUCAAUUUAGUCAUAUAGCAUCAUCCUCAGCAGCACCAUCAUCUUCAUCGUCACUCAUGCCUCAGGAUAAUACCACCGGUACGUCAAAUCUACCCCCAGGGUUGAUUAACAACCCUUCACUAUAUGGAAAUCAACCACAAUACCCACUCCAACAGCAACAACAACAACAACAACAACAACAACAACAACAACAACAACACCAGCCACUACAGUUACUGCACUCCCAUUCGCAUCAAGAACAAUUUAGUCAACCACAAUUUCAACAACAGCAACAAUCAUCGCAAGUGCAAUCUCCGCCAAUCAAUGGUUUAUUAAAGAUUUCUAAUUUACCUCGUGAUCUAACGAGAAGAGAAGCAACUUUGAUUUUUGCUCUCGUUAUUGAUGAAAUCUUGAGCAUCGAUGUUAGUGAUUAUCAAAUAUUUGCUUUAUUCAAAAACUUCAACACUUGUAUAACAACUGGUAAAUUAUUAGAUGGUCAGCAAAUUUUUGGACCUGAAUAUCCACCAAUCAAGGUUGAAUUUGAUCAUAGUCUUCAUACGAUGGAGUCACCACAAGCAUUGGCCCAAACACAAUCAGCAUUUAAUGCAUUAUCGUUAUCAUCUUCCAAUAACAUAUCCCCACCAAACAAAUUUAACAAUGUCACUCACGGACCCAUGCCUUUAUCGCAAUCGCAAAUCGGAUCACAUCAACUUUCGAAUAGCAUCAAUGCACCUACUCAUUCCUCAUCUAGUGCUCCUCCAGUUGCACCAUUUGAUGUAUUGCAAAAACGACUGUCUAUGAGUAAUCAGAGAUCCAGGUUCGUUUUUAGUGAUCCUUUUUCACAUGAACAACAGCAACAACAGCAUAACCAAUCACAAACGCAUCCUCAGAGCCAAUAUCAACCACAGCAAAGACUUUCUGGGUCUGGACCUCAACCAGGUCCAUCAAGUGGGUCCAUACAACCACAACCACAACCACAGCCUGGUUCUAACUUUAACUUUCAGCAACAAAUGGUAUCUGAUGCAUCUUCACAACCUAGUGGUUUAGGUUCAGCAUCGGCUAACGGGUCAUCAGGAUCAAGAUCAAGCAACGGAGCAGGUGAUUUUUCUGAAGUAACUGGUAAAUCAAUUUUAUUAAUGGAGUCGCAAAAUGAUGCCAGGGAUUAUGAGCAGUUGGUGAGAGAUCCCUGGAAUUCGAAUCAAAAUAAUGGAAGCUUAUCUGCUGUGCAAAGCCCUACUGUGUAUUCUAAUCCCGACUGGAAUAGUUCAGCUGGCGCCAGUACCACCAACGGCGCAUCUAAUCUCACAUUACAGCAGCCUCCUGAUCGUCGAAGAACUUCGUCAUCAUUUUUCAAUUCCCAAUUGUCACAAGACCAACUUCAACAAUUGUCUUCACCUCCACAUCGGGUAACAGUGCCCAACCAAACUCCUCCUCAUGGUCCGACAGCAUCUGGUUUGAGGUCGGCAUUGCAACAAUCAAGUGGAAUAAACCAACGACCAGAUUAUACUACAGGAAAAGGAUCGCAACUGUCGUCUCUGUAUGUACUGCAGCAACAAAAACCACAGCUGAGUACUAAAUCUCAGACCUCACCAGUGGCACUCGUACAUGCUAGCCCUUCAGCGGCAACAACGUCGUCACAAUCAGCCAACAAAUCGAUCCCCACGUCCAAAGACAUCCCAGAGCUUUCCCUUUUGGCAAGGGUUCCACCACCGGCAAAUCCAGCUGAUCAGAAUCCACCAUGUAAUACAUUAUAUGUUGGUAAUUUACCUCCUGAUGCAACUGAAGCUGAAUUGCGUACUUUGUUUGCACCACAAAAGGGAUUUAGGCGAUUGUCAUUUAGAACAAAGAACCAGACAAACAACUCUACGGGGGGUUCUACCUCUACAACUUCUACAGCCACGAAUUCUAGUGGACAUAAUCACGGCCCCAUGUGUUUUGUUGAAUUUGAGGAUGUAGCGCAUGCAACUAGAGCAUUGGCUGAAUUGUAUGGUCGUACUUUACCUAGACCACAUGCAGGCAACAAUGGUAAAGGUGGGAUUCGAUUAUCAUUUUCCAAAAAUCCAUUGGGAGUCAGGGGUCCUGGAAAUGUGAGAAGAACAUCGACAAACCCAAUGAGUGGGAACCAACUGCAAGGGGUAGGUGCAGGUACAUCAUCGUCGCAAGAUACUUUACAGAAGCAACAAUCUACAGUGUCUUCUUCGUCACAACAAUCCGCUUCCGGUACUGGAUCUACUAAUGCAACCAAUGGAUCUAAUGCCAACUACAACUAUCCCUAUCUGAAAUGA